AUGUCUUCCGAGAAAGACUUUGGCGGCGAGAAAGCUGCCAAUGACCCCAAGUCUAGCUUGGAUCUCAAGUCGGACGCCAAACACAUCGAGGUCGCCGAAAAUGCAACCGACGUCGAGGCGCUCGCUGCCAGCGUCAAUGACUUGCCCGUUACUUGGUUUGUGUGGGUAGUGGCCCUAACCGCCUCCAUUGCCGGCAUGUUGUUCGGUUACGACACGGGUAUCAUUUCCGGGGUGUUGGUGGUGCUCAAGGACGACCUGAACAAUCGUCCAGUGACCAGCUCCGAGAAAGAAAUGAUCACCUCUCUCUGCUCCGGUGGUGCCUUCAUCGGGGCGAUUUUUGCUGGUAACACCGCAGACCGAUUUGGUCGCAAGAUGGCCAUCUAUCUCGGCUGUGUUCUCUUCGUCAUUGGCUCCGUGCUCCAAGCCGCGGCCUAUACGAUCGCGCAGAUGGCGGUGGGUCGCGUGGUAGUCGGACUGGGCGUAGGCUCGGCCGCGAUGGUGGUGCCGCUGUACGUUGCGGAGAUCGCACCGGCUGGGGCUCGCGGUCGCUUAAUUGGGCUAAACAACAUGUCCAUCACCGGUGGACAGGUCAUCUCGUAUGCGAUCGGAGCGGCCUUUGCGAGCGUCAGCCACGGUUGGCGCUACAUGGUCGGCCUGGGCGCUCUCCCCGCCCUUAUCCUCGGCUGUAUGAUGCCGUUCUGUCCCGAAUCACCACGCCAUCUCAUCUACAAUGGGUGCAUGGAAGAAGCUCGCAGCGUCCUGGGCCGUAUCUACAGCAGCGCCGCAACGGACGAGCAAAUUGCCGCGUUGUUGGUGACGAUCCGCGCGGCCUGCGAUCAGACCCGCGAGAUGAACGACACGGGGAGCGGGUGGUCGAAGGUCGUAAAAUUGCAUACUGUGGGGAGUAAUCUGCGCGCGUUGAUAGCGGCGUGCGGGUUAAUGGUCAUCUCCCAGAUGAGUGGGUUCAAUGCCCUGAUGUACUACUCUUCGACACUGUUUGCGUUGGUGGGGUUCAACAACUCGACGGCCGUGGGGCUGGUGGUCGCGGGCACCAACUUUAUCAUGACUUGGGUCAACAUGAUGGUGGUGGAUGGCUGGGGUCGCCGACGCUUGCUGCUUGCAACAGCCUGGGGAAUGGCGGUGGGGAUGGCCGCCGUUGCGAUCGCCUUCCACUGGGUUCCCGUCAAUAUGGAGACGCUAGAGCCCCUCAACCCGGGCAUUUCCCCGGCGGCUAUCGUCAUUCUGGUGUUCGUCAUCUGGUUUGUCGUGUUCUACGGGGUUUCGGUUGGCAAUACCGCCUGGAUGAGCACAGACUUCUUCCCAUUGGAGGUGCGCGCGAUGGGCACCAUGUGGAUGACUUGCUCCAACUGGGGCAGCAAUGUUAUCGUCUCCAGCACCUUCCUCACCAUGGCCAAAUCCAUGACCCCAUCCGGCGCAUUUGGCUUUUACGCAGCCCUAUGCGGCAUUUCCUACGUCUGGAUUUACUUCUUCUAUCCCGAGGUCUCCGGACUCGUCCUGGAAGAAGUGCAGGAGGUGUUCCAGCACGGCUUCGGAGUCCGGUACGCCCGACAGCUGCGCAAGGAGCGAAAAGACAUCAUCGAAGAGCGAAUGCGAAGUGCGGACAAGCCGAUUCCGAUGGGUCAUUAG